CGCUGCGAGUAUGCGUCGAGUAUUUCCGUUGACGGUUGUUGACUUCAAAUAGGUUAACUUCGAUUGAAAAAAUAAACAAAUAAGAAAUCUACAAAUCCCUCUAUGACCAUUUCUGGUGCAGUUGAAAAUUGAAGUAGUUUCCAAAUUUCAAAUUAACAUAGAAGCAAUUAGAAGUGCCGGAACCGUACAACGGAAAUUCAGAAACAAUGACGAAGAAACGCAGAUUGUCAGGAUCAAGUCCUGUAAAAAUGGAAAUCAAAGAAGAGAAUACCAUGGGAAUGGACUAUCUUAUGGCCAAAGGACGGCUAAAGGGGGUGUUGAAACAACUUACAGAACAUUCUUCUGAUGAAGAUAGUGAUUCUUCAUCAGAUAGGAGAUCUUCAAGAAAACGAAAGGCUGAGAGGGUUCCUCAGCCAUACCACCACACAUAUGUCAUGAAGCUGUUUGAUAGAAGUGUUGAUUUGGCUAGAUUUGAAGAAGAUACUCCUCUGUAUCCUAUAUGUAGGGCUUGGAUGCAGAAUCAGCCAAAAAAUCCACAAACUGUGGUUAAGCGAAGAUUGUCCACACCAGAACCAGAAGACAAAUCAUGGAAUGGAGAUGAUUCAUUAACAGAAGUGACAAGAUUACCAGCUCCAUCUGGACCAUUUGAAAAAAGGAUUCCUCCCCCCUUGCCAGAACAACAACAGAACAAAGACAAUAUCAACCUGAAUUAUGAUCAAUGUGAACCCCCUGAAAAGGAAGUACUCAUGCAAAAUCAUUUAGAAAGAUGGUCAAAGGUAAAGAAGAAGUGGAUUGAAACGGCUGCUAAAAAUGAAGAAAGAUAUAGCAAAAGCUUGGAGAUACUCAAGGCAAUUUAUAUCAAUGCACAAGAGGUCACAGAUUAGAUGAGGUUUUAUGCUCUUAGAUUAGCAUGUAAUAACACCCCUUACAACAACAUAAUGUAUAAUUGAAAAAUCCUAUAAGCAUCCAUUGAUAUACACGGUGCAUGAACCAAUAAAAUUUCUUGGGUAAUUUACUGUUUAAUGUUUUUUACUUACCCAGAUGUUUUUUUUCGUUUUUGUAUUUUUAGAAAUAAAAUGAAUGAAUGAUCCGAC